AUGGUGAAGCGCACAUUGCCAUUCCUUGCCCUGGCAGGACUGCCCAGCGUCGUCCUCGCUGCUGACUGCGCCAAUACUCUGACCGUCGACUAUCCCACGCCCGCCGUGGCAGACGGCUGGGCGUUCCGUCUGGUUGCCAAUGGGUUCACCAGGCCCCGCGGCCUGAUUUUCGAUAACGAUGGCGGUUUGCUUGUGGUUGAUUCCGGUGUAGGCUUGAUCCAUCUCACGCUGAAGGAUGACGGGGGGACAUGUUUGUCUGUGAGCGAGAAGACGACGCUGAUUGGCAAUCGAAAUCUUAACCAUGGCGUCGCUCUAUCUGCAGAUGGCACCGCCAUUUACGUUUCCACAUCUGACAAGGUACUAUCUUGGGGAUACAACAGUACAUCCGUCAAAGUGAGCGGCACCUCUCGCACAUUGGUCAAGGACAUGGCCAGUGGUGGACAUACCACUCGUACACUUCUUGCGUCCCAGAAACAGCCCGGCAUCCUUCUCGUCUCCCGCGGAAGCGACGGCAAUAUGGACAUGGGCACUCUCCAGAUCGAUUCAGGCCGUUCCCAGAUCCGCAGCUUUAACAUUUCCCUCCUCGGCGAAAACAGUGACGGGAUCGAGUACACAGAUGGCGACGUCGUUGGCUGGGGUUUGCGCAAUUCCGUCGGUGUCGCCGAGGAUCCUUCCACCGGUGGCAUCUGGUCUGUUGAGAACUCCGUUGACCAGCUGCAACGCCAAGGCGAGGACAUUCACAACGACAACCCUGGAGAGGAGCUGAACUAUCACGGAACUGCGGAGAAGCCUGACGGUCGGAAUUACGGAUACCCUUCGUGCUUCACGGUCUGGAGGACCGACGAUUUUCCCAACAUUGGCUCUCUUAAGACGGGUAACAGCUUUGCUGUUGAUGAUGCAGAAAAUUCCGUGAAUGAUACCACCUGCAAUACGGAUUUCAUUUCACCGCGCCUUGCGCUUCCUCCACACACGGCGCCUCUUGAUAUCAAAUUCACAGACGAUGGUUCCACCGCAUACGUCUCUUUCCACGGCAGCUGGAAUCGAGAUGAACCAGCUGGGUACCGUGUUGCCAGUAUCGCCUUCAAGGACGGUCAGCCCACGGCCGCCAAUGACAGUCAAGACGCAGCCGUUGACUUGUUGACGAAUCCUGACCUGUCUAGGUGUCCAGGCAGUUGCUUCCGCCCCGUUGGCCUUGCGUUCGAUUCCAAGAAGCGCCUAUGGCUCACCUCUGAUAGUACGGGAGAGAUUUUUGUACUGGAACAUGGUGGUAAUUCAACUAACACUGGGAGCUCGGGCAAUGAUGAUAGUGCCGGGUCACGAUAUUGGCCCAGAAGUUCCGUUGAUGGAGUGAUGGCAGUGGUACUUGUAGUUAUCGCUGUGAUUUAUUUGAGCUAA